AUGACUGAUGUUCAGGUGUUUGAUCAGACAGAUUUGGAAAACUCAAUCACCAUUAAAGCCAACAAGCUACUUUUAAUUAAAGAUGUUGAGCAAGAUGAAAAAAGGUUAGAGAAAGCUAUUAAAAGUCUUAACGUGUCGGUGAAACACAUUAACCAACUAAACUCCAAACUAUCUCAUCCUCGUACAAAGAUCAGUGAAAAAAAGAAGAUCAAGGACGAAAUCCAGUGGCUUGAAGAGAACGAGCUUAGCGUUAAACAACAGGAUGUACAAGACAUCAAGUCAAGAAUAGAACUGAACAAGCGGGCACUUGAAGAAUCGAAAGGUGGGAAUGAGGAUCGAGACCGUGGUGGAGGAAGACUCCCAGACGAAAGUGAGCGAGAUUACUUGAUCAGAAUAGGUAAAAUUACAGCAUUUGGCAAUGAAAACGCGUUCCAACUGGUUGAUGCCACUGAAGAUAAAAGACAAAGUCACGUCUUUUUGCGAAAGCCAGGAUUCGAGCAGGAUGUUGAAAGAAUAGAAAAGGCUGCACCCGUAAGAGAUGAAGGUGUUAUUGAGGUAUCAGAGGAUGGAAUUGAGGCGUCGGAUGUUGAGAAAGUGGUAUCAGAGAGUGACAAUGAGGUAUCAGAUGAUGACUAUGUUUAUGAUGAUCUGCUUGCAGAAGAGGGGGAAAUUGCAGCUGAGGAAGAUGACGAGAAUGAAGAGAUAGAAGAAGAGAUAGUUGAAGAUGAAGAGAUCCGGAAUGCCGAUGAUGGUAAUGAACCAUACUACCGAAAAAGAUUGGCGAGUUGGGUUAAGAAAAGAUCGUCUUUUAGACAAGUGGACAAUGAUCAUGACAAAAAAGAAUGGUUUAAACCACACCCCUCAAUAUCAGACUCAAAACUUAAUGAUUCCUUUAGACUACCCGGUGAUAUAUAUCCGUCUUUGUUUGAUUAUCAGAAGACAUGUGUUCAGUGGCUUUGGGAAUUGUAUUCGCAAAAGACUGGAGGUAUAAUUGGAGACGAAAUGGGAUUAGGUAAAACAAUUCAGAUCAUAUCGUUUUUGGCUGGAUUACAUUAUUCGGGUCUUUUGCACAAACCUGUCUUGGUUGUUGUUCCCGCGACUGUAAUGAACCAAUGGGUAAAUGAGUUCCAUAGGUGGUGGCCACCACUUCGAUGCGUUAUACUACACAGCAUUGGAUCGGGAAUGGGUAAUGAUGCAAAAAUAAGUGAAGCCAAAAUGGAAGAAUAUUUAGAAACGUGGGAUCCGCAAACCUCUAAAAAAUCACUCAGGGGAAUAAAGUCCCAAAUUAAUGCUCAGAAAAUUGUGAAUACAGUUGUCGAAAAGGGGCAUGUGUUGAUAACUACGUAUGUUGGUCUUCGGAUCUACUCCAAGUAUAUUUUACCACAAGAAUGGGGGUAUUGUGUUUUAGACGAGGGCCACAAGAUUCGAAACCCGGACCUGGAUAUCUCACUAACUUGCAAACAAAUCAAGACGGUAAACAGAAUUAUUUUAUCAGGUACCCCAAUCCAAAAUAAUCUAACCGAGUUGUGGUCAUUGUUUGAUUUUGUUUUUCCCGGUAGGCUAGGCACAUUACCUGUGUUUCAGCAACAAUUUUCCAUACCUAUUAAUGUGGGAGGCUAUGCAAAUUCAAAUAAUCUUCAAGUUAAAACCGCUUACAAAUGUGCAGUCGUGUUGAGAGACUUAAUUUCACCCUAUUUGCUCAGACGAUUGAAAAAUGACGUAGCUAAAGAUUUGCCGAAAAAGAGUGAAAUGGUACUUUUUGUCAAGCUAACUAGAGUGCAACAAGAUUUGUACGAGAAAUUCCUUGAUAGUGAAGACUUGAAUUCCAUUCUCAGGGGGAAAAGAAAUGUGCUUAUGGGAGUUGACAUGUUGAGAAAAAUUUGCAACCAUCCGGAUUUGAUAUACAGAGAGGCGCUAAUGCACAAGGCAAGCUAUGGCGACCCAAAGAAGUCUGGUAAGAUGCAAGUUUUGAAAAAUCUCUUGCAGCUAUGGCAAAAUGAGGGCCACAAAACCUUGUUAUUCUGUCAAACCAGACAAAUGCUUGAUAUUUUGGAGAAGUUUGUUUCUAAUUUAUCCUUGCUCAAUAACGAAUCGAAACACUUUACCUACCUACGAAUGGAUGGUUCCACGGCAAUUUCCCAAAGACAAAAUUUGGUUGAUGAAUUCAACAACGACCCCAGCCUACAUGUGUUUUUGCUUACUACGAAAGUUGGCGGAUUGGGGGUUAAUUUAACUGGUGCUGAUAGAGUUAUUAUUUAUGAUCCGGAUUGGAACCCAUCAACAGACAUUCAGGCUAGAGAACGUGCAUGGAGGUUGGGACAGAAAAAGGAUAUUACUAUAUACAGACUAAUGACGACAGGUUCAAUUGAGGAGAAGAUCUAUCAUCGACAGAUUUUCAAAACCUUUUUGCAAAACAAAAUUUUGAAAGAUCCGAAACAAAGACGGUUUUUUAAAAAUAAUGAUUUGCACGACUUGUUCACAUUGGGAGAUCAAGACGAAAAGGGAACUGAAACUGGAGACAUGUUUCAAGCUCGAAGUGAGCAAAAAUACAGGGGCACAAAGUUGAGAAAAUCUGCAUCGUUGACAAGAAAAAGACAUGAAAAUGAUGACGAUUAUAGUCAAGUUGCAAAGAUAACCGGUGUUUCGAGAUUGGGUCAAUAUGAAGAAGGAGAAGAGCACAGACCCGAAAGCAGUAACGAUGAAAGCCGGAUUAUGGCGGGGAUAUUUGCCCAAAGUGGAGUCCAUAGUGCUCUAAAACAUGAUGAGAUUCUCAAUUAUAACGAUGAAGAGGCUAGGUUUGCCGAAAAGGAGGCCGAAAAGUACGUGAGCCAGGCAACUGAAGCACUUCGAAGGUCAAGGAAAUUGGCUAGGAAGAAGCCUGUGGGCACUCCCACUUGGACGGGAAAAUUCGGAAGUGCCGGUAAAUUGAAAGGUACGUUUGGAGCUAAAAAGAGAAAAGUUGGAGAUAGAGAUUCCUCCUCAAUUUUGGAUAAUUUAAGAAGGAGAGCCGAGGAAUAA